AUGCCUCACAAGCACAAGAGACGCCAAAAUGACAAGUACCUCCACGACCUCCCCCCGUCACUAGUCGCAAAACCUCUCCCAGCCCGAGACCCCAGCGCCAAAUCCAAAGCCACCGGAAAAAAGAAGAAGGAGGAACAAGAAAAGCUAAAACGGAAAUAUGAAACCAAGCAGAAGGCCGGUCAAGAUGAUACCCCGCGAGCAUUCCGUCACUUGAUGCAAAUCCAAGAACGCGCGAAGCAGAAGCAACAACCGGCCAGCACCAAGACAGACAACGCAGAGGGCGGCAAGAAGAAGAGAAAGAGGGGUACAGAGGAUAGAAAGGAAGAUUCGACACCGAAGAAGAAGUCUGGUGCGGCUGCUGCUGCUACUGCUACUGCUACUGCUACUGCUACGGAUGCCAGCGCAACCGCCGCAAAGUCUGAUAUCCAAGCCGGCCCGAAAAUCCUCCCUGGUGAGAAAUUGUCCGACUUCUCUGCACGAGUUGAUCGUGAGAUGCCGUUAUCCCUGAUGAAGCGGUCCGAAAAAGCCCCCGCAGGCGACAAUCCCAAGGUCCGCGAACAGCGUUUGACCAAGCACGACAAGCGUCUGCGCCGGCUGCAGGCACAAUGGCGCGAGGAUGAUGUGAAGAUCCGCGAGCGCGAACAGGAAGAGCGCGAGGAACGGGAGGCGGAAAUGGAGGACCAGCUUGAAUUGUGGAAGCAGUGGGAGACCGAGGCUGGGAAGACCAAGGCGAAGAAGAAGGCUGAGGCACAGAAGAAAAAGAAGAACAAGGGAAAUGCCACUGCCGGUGAUGAUAAUUCGGACGACGACUAUGAUGGUGCAGAUCCUUGGGCUAAAUUGAACAACCCGGAGCGCAUGAAUAGGCAGACAAACCCUCAGGAUGUCGCGCAGGCGCCGCCACAGUUGACGAAACCCAGAGAGAUCUUCAAGGUCCGUGGUGGUGCCAAGGUCAAUGUUGCCAACGUACCGACUGCUAUGGGAAGUUUAAGGCGAAGAGAAGAGUUGGCCGAUGAGAGAAAGAAUAUUGUGGAGGAGUAUAGACGACUUAUGGCCGAGAAACGACAAUAG